AUGGGUAAGCUACUAUCUCUCGGCGCGCGCUUGCGCUACCCGAUUACAAUCACAAAAAUCCUCAAGAAACCCGGCGACGCUGUCGCAAAACAGGAGAGCGUCCUUGAAUACUCAUUCAAGUGGAUGCGCGAGGUCGGCGACCCCAUCGCCGGCAACACAUGGCAGGAGGAGGAGACAACAGUCGUCGGCUGGGACAGUCCUGCCGAGGGCACCAUCAAAGAAUGGCGCCUCAAGGAGGGCAUGACCUUCACACGCGACGCGCCAUGCAUGGUUGUCGAGGAGGCCUGCUCUCACGAGAUCCAGUUCCAGGGCCUCUGCGCCAUUUGCGGCAAGGACAUGACCGAGGUCAACUGGGCCAGCGACCAGCGCGAUACCCAGCGCGCCACCAUCAAUAUGACACACGACCAGACUGGCCUCAUGGUCAGCGGCGACCUCGCUGCGCGCGCCGAGCACGAUACCCAGAAGCGCCUCCUCCGCCAGCGCAAGCUCAGCCUCGUCGUGGAUCUCGACCAAACCAUCAUCCACGCCUGCAUCGAACCUACCGUCGGCGAAUGGAUGGAGGACCCGACAAAUCCCAACUACAACGCCGUCAAGGAUGUCAAGAAGUUUCAACUGAAUGACGAGGGGCCCAGAGGCGUGGUCACAUCAGGCUGCUGGUACUAUAUCAAGAUGCGACCUGGGUUGAAGGAGUUCCUUGAGAAGAUAUCAGAACUGUACGAACUCCAUGUGUACACCAUGGGAACUCGUGCGUAUGCGAUGAACAUCGCCCAGAUCGUCGACCCCGAUAGGAAACUGUUCGGCAACCGAGUAAUCAGCCGUGACGAGAACGGAAGCAUGAUAUCAAAAAGUCUCCAGCGCCUGUUCCCGGUUAACACCAAUAUGGUGGUCAUCAUCGACGACAGAGCCGAUGUGUGGCCCCGUAAUAGACCAAACCUGAUCAAGGUCGUCCCUUAUGACUUCUUCAGGGGCAUCGGCGACAUCAACUCGAGCUUUUUGCCCAAGCGUCAAGACAUUCUCCCAGCGCCUGCCGACCCCGAAGUCAAGCCCACCCCGAUUGCACCCGCACCCGAGGUAAAGACGAACGGCAAAGUGUCGGCCAUCGACGAGUUGGUCAGCAUGAGCAGCGGGGAGGAUAAGGCCUUGCAAGCCGCGCAGACAGAGCAGCAGGAAAAGUCUUUGGAGCAGCAGAUCAAGGACCGCCCUCUGCUUCACAUGCAAGAGCAGCUGGACAAGGAAAGCGAAGAGAAGGAGAAGGCGACACAGGAGACUGAAGAUGGCGAGCACAUUAUGAUAGUGCAACACCGAUCGCAGGUUCUCCGCGACGAUGACGCGGAGCUGAUUUACCUACAACAACACCUCACUCGUCUCCAUGAGAGGUUCUACAAGGAGUACGACGAGAAGCGUGCAGCCGCGCCCCAGCAGUCAACCCCUCCUAAGAAGAAGGGCGAGGAGACCGUCGACCUUGCCGCUGUUCCCGAUGUAGGAUAUGUCCUGGACACGAUGAAGGCGUCAACGCUCGAAGGCACCACGAUUGUCUUGUCCGGCCUGGUUCCUCUUGGUGUUGAUGUCCUGCAGUCCGAAAUCGGAAUUCAAGCCAUGAGCUUUGGCGCUCAGAUUCAGACCAAGGUGUCGCCCAAGGUAACGCAUCUAGUCAUCUCAACAUCGCGGCCACGCACACAAAAGGUACGCCAGGCGGCGAGAAUUUCCAGCAUCAAAAUCGUGAGCCAGAACUGGCUGUCUGAUUGCUUGAGCCAAUGGCAUCGCCUUGACGAGACACCAUACCUUGUCGAAGUCCAUCCCGCAGACCGAAGGCACAUUGCUGCCCCAGGAACGACCGACGCCGACAUGGUAUCUGACGUGGAUGGUGAAGAUCAAUCAAAACCGCACCUCACCAUCAUUGACGAGACCGGGGAGCAGCGCAUCCUAGAAGAAGACGACGAUGCAUCAGACGAAGACGAGGGCGACGCUGGGCAGGAUGGAGGCGAGGAGAACCUGCUGCCUGAAUUCGAGGAUGGCCAGCUCAGCCCAAUAGACGGUCUCAAAACUUUCGACUGGGAAGGUGUCGAUGAUGAGAUGAAGGAAUUCUUGGGCAGCGACGACGACAGCUCGGACGCCGACACGGAGAGCCGUAGCGGAGACACGGAGUCUGGCGAUGAACUACCCUCGUCUCAGCAGUCGAGCAAUUCAGCCGGUGGCACGAAGAGAAAGGCCGUAGACGAUGACAACGCGUCAGAUGAAGGCGGCAGUGCACUCUCCAAGAAGCAGCGAGUGGCCAAGAGCCGGGGCGCUUCGAAGCUGAGCUCGGUGAGGACGCCAAAUGCCGACGACAACGAAUCAAGCAGCCUGCCGACACCGCAGGUUACAGGCGACGAGGAGGAUGUUUCCCUCGUGCCGGAUGGAGGAGUGAACCUGGACAAUGGGGCUGAUUUUGACGAGGACGAUCUCGAGGCGGACUUGGAAGCCGAGUUGUUGGCGGCUGGGGAAGAUUAG